AUGGGUUUCCUUAGAGUUUCAUGGGCUGUUUUGCUUCUUUGGGUUUACUCAGUCUUGUGCUUGAAAGCACAGUCUUCUAGUUCAGAGGUCUCUCUUAAGUUCUUGAAAGCUCCUCAUGCAUUUUCUCAUCUGAACUCAGCCACAUUUGCAUUUGAAGCUUUGGUUGGUGGCAAUGCUAGCGCAUGCACCGAUUGCAGUUUCAGUUGCAAGCUAGAUGAUGGCAAUGGUUCAAACUGUGGAACUGGGAAAGCUUUAUACUCAGGAUUGCAGGAUGGAAAGCAUACAUUUGAGGUCUGCACCAAUGGGACUCAAGGUGUUGGUUGUGCCUACUAUAACUGGACUGUUGAUACAGUACCCCCAACAGCAUCUGUUGCUGCCUCUAGAUCUUUUACAACUGCUACCAAUGUUUCAGUAAAUAUUUCUUUCAGUGAAUCCUGCAACGGUGGAGGAGGUUUUGGAUGUUCGUCUGUAAACACCUGCAACCUGCUAGUCUAUGGUGCUGGCCAAGUUAUACCAUCUUCACUCAAUAUUCUGGAGCCAAACCUCAAAUAUUCUCUUGUUGUGGGUUUAUCAUCUUCUGUUCAAUAUGGGCGAGUGAUCCUGGUAAUGGAUAAGAAUUUCUGCUCUGAUGUUGCUGGAAACAGAUUCGUAAGAACCGAAAAUUCGAGUUUCUAUGUACGUAUUGAUAGAAGACCUGUCUUUUGCAACCUGAGGAUUCAUAUUCCUGAAACACUACUUCAGCUAAAUGGUGAAACUCGAACAGUGCAGGCCACACAUAAUCAUAAUAACCUAAAGAUUUAUCUAUAUUUCUCAGAACCUGUCCUGAAUACAUCUGCACAAAUUUUGAAGUCUAUCCACAUAAGUCAGGGCAUACUUUUACCAAAUAGCACAAACAACUCUGGGAAUCGCAGAUUUGGCUUUGCGGUUUCAAACAUACCUAGCAUUGCUAUAAUCACAGUGAGCGUCAAUUCAAAUUUGAUAAUAACCAGACAAGGGACUCCAGUUUCUCCAAUUUCACCUGCAACUUUCCUUUUCGAUUCUCAAAGGCCUGCGGUGAAGUUGAGUACAACCUCAAGCAUGAGAACAAGAGAACACAGUAUUUCCAUAUUAAUAAAGUUCAUGAAGCCAGUAUUUGGUUUCAACUCCUCUUCUUUAGUACUCUCAGGAGGACAUUUACAGAGCUUUCAUGAAAUAAGUAGGAGUAUGUACACUGUCAAUAUAGAAGCAAUUAAUGAUAUUGUUUCGGUUAAUGUUCCUGAAAACGUAUCUGGGGAUGUUGCUGGAAACAAAAAUCUAGCUUCAAAUGUUCUUCAAGUAUCACACUAUACAGUGCCCAUGAUAUCUUCUCUGCUAUCUGCAUUUGUGACUGCUCUUUUUGCCCUGACAUCCAUAACUGCGGGGCUGCUUUAUAUUUCAACUGCAAGCCUUCAAUCCCUAUGGACAUUUAGGAGAGCAUCUUCUUUGGCAUCUCAUCCAGCAAGAAAUCUUUUUAGAAUUGCUUGUCAUAUACAAAUCUUUGCACUCUCUAGAUGGUUGGCAGUUACAUUGCCAAUUGAUUAUUAUGAAUUUUCAAGGGGUUUACAAUGGAGUAUUCCUUACUUCAAUCUCCCAUGGGAAUCUGGGAAGAGCUUCCAAGCCUCAAGUCCUUACACCAGCUCAAAGUCCUACACUAAUGAAGGUUAUGAUUCAGAAAUUUUCAAAAGCAAGCAGCUAGAAGAAGAGAGUUCUGAUAAGGUUACUUCAGUAUAUGGGUUGCCACUUACUCCAAUGGAAUACAGAACGUUCUUUGAGGGUGAAAAUUUUAAACCUGAAGCCGAGUAUCUCUCCGGUUCUUAUAACAGGUGGAGGAAUUUUGAUAGAACCAUGUUCUGGUUAGCGGUGAUUAGUGGUAGCUUGCUCCUAGUACAUAUUUUACUCCUUUUCAUUCUGAAACUGAGGAAGAAAAAUUCUGAGAGACAGAGUGGUUAUGGAGCACUCACAUUCCCAAGAUUUGAGAUAUUUCUUGUAAUUCUUGCACUACCUGGUAUUUGUGAGGCCUCCGCUGCACUAGUUAAAGGUACUUCCCAAACAUUUUUAACCUUUUCUAGAGGAGCGUCAUCUGGAGUUACAGUUGGCUGUCUGUUGUUGGCUAUCACGUCUUUUCUGCUGCUAGUCUUGUUCCUUUUCCUCUCAAUCGGCAUUACAUUUGGGAAGUUACUUCAAUACAAGGAAGUACAUCAAGAAGGCCAGAAAUUUCUCUGGUUUCAAGAGAUUGUCCGAGUGACACUGGGUCCAGGAAAAAGAGGUCAGUGGACAUGGAAAGAAAAACCAAGCUCUGUGUAUCUAAUUAUCUUUGGCCCUCUCUUUGAAGAUCUGAGAGGCCCUCCAAAAUACAUGCUCUCUCAGAUUUCUGAGGGCAGUGCUCGCAAGCAAGGUGAGCGUAUUAUUGACUCUGAUGAUGAAACAGAAGAUGCAGAAGCACCUUUUAUCCAGAAACUGUUUGGAAUACUCAGAAUAUACUACACACUAUUAGAAUGUUUGAAAAGGGUUUCUGUUGGGAUCAUGGCUGGUGUCUACAUGGACAGAUGGAAUUCAAGAACUCCUUCAAUUACCUUACUGUGCAUAACCUCUUUUCAACUUUUCUUCCUCGUUCUUAAGAAGCCGUUUAUCAAGAAAAAGGUUCAGUUGGUUGAGAUCGUCUCGGUUGCCAGUGAAGUAGGUUUAUUUGCAACUUGUUUGGUUCUCUUGGAGAAGGAAUUUUCAGCCAGUGACAGGACUAAGCUUGGUAUUUUCAUCAUACUGCUGUUCUUAGUCGGAUACAUUGCACAGAUGAUUAAUGAAUGGUAUGCAUUGUAUAGACAAACAUUGCUUCUGGACCCUGCCGAGAACUCCUUCUUUACUGGUUUGAAAUUAGCUGCAACCGGCUGUGUCUUGUUAUUCAUCCCGCGGAGAUUCAUCAAUAACUUGGAAAGCAAGUUCCAAGAAAGGCAACAGGUGGUGGGAGCAACAAGGGAUACUAGCUCUUCUGAGUACCGGAGAUCCGGGAGUAGGGGCACCACUCCAACUGAUAGACCAUGGCUAAAGCAGCUGAGAGAGUUGGCAAAGUCUAGCUUUAGUAAAGAAGGAAGUAGCGGAUUUGCAAAUGACCCUUCGAGCAGUAACACUCGAACUAGAUGGAGCGGGUUCUGGAGCAGCAAAAUGAGUGGAAGCUCAUCUAAGUCUUCUGGUGAUUCGAAAUCAAAACCAAGAGGGUUGUACAAAGACUUGGAGGCUAUUUUUGCAUCCAAGUGA